ACAUGACGCACUUCUUUCAGUCAUCAGCUGACAGUUGUUGUGAAUGGGUGCUCAAAAAUGAACUGUCUCCUUGUUUUGUUAUUGUUGUGCCAUUAUUUCGUGGAAAAUGGCACAGCCGAACACGAAAAGUACAGACGAACGAUACAUGGGUACGAGGAUCCGCCAAGCAAUGGCAAAAAAACCUUCAUUAUUGAGCGAAAUUUCGAAACCGGGGGACACAACGUCGAAAAAAGAUCUAUCGUGUCCACUGAUGACAGUAAAAUCAUACAGAAGAUAAAUUAUCUGAAUGACACACACAAACAACUGAUGGUGCAUUGGGUGGGCGAAGGUAGCAACGUUAUUAUUUGCCUAGCACGUCACUCGUCUCUUGAAACAUUGGCUGGGGAUGUAAAAGUUGGACCAUCGGCCGUUUAUAUUUCCUACGAUUAUGGCGACACUUAUGUCAACAAAACUGAUCUUUUUAAAUUAUCGGACGGGUCUUAUGCCACUUUGGAAAAGUUUUACAACCAUCCGAAAUACAACACACAUUUUGUUUUUGCCGACGUAAACCAUAAAGUACUCUACGUAACGGCGAAUCACGGCCGUGACAUAAAACGCAUCGACUUGGAUUUCACACCGAGCGACGUUUCGUUUCACGAACUGCAACCGUCAGUGUUUGUCGUUUUGGAUAAAGUCGAUCAUCUGCAUAAAUUAUGGGUGACUGAAGAUUUCGGUAAUAGUUUUCGAGCGACACAGGAUUUCGUCAAAGCCACUUAUUGGAUCAAAGAGAAUGAUUUGAGACACACUUUAUUGAUACAAAGGAUGGAACCGAGUGGUUAUAACGCGAUUUUAUCAUCGAGCGAUUUAUUCUCGAAUCGAACGGUUAUGGUCCAAGCCACCGGUAUUAAGGAGUUCUUCGUCAAAGGCGAUUAUCUCUUCACGACCAAAUUAUCGAGCAAAGGAGUGCUCGAGUUGUACGUUUCGUAUAAACUUGGGAAGAAAAUUAAGUGUGUUUUCGAUACGACUUUAGAGAUUCGGAGCUAUUUCAUUGUUGAUGUUACUUCGAAUCGGGCUCUUGUGGCAGUGAGUCAUGCCGAUACUGUCUCACAUUUGUACGUUUCGGAGAAUUUGGACAACAGUGAGGGAGUUGUUAAAUUCACACUGUCACUAGAAGACGUCCUUUGCUAUUUUCCGAACAGUACAUGGCACGAUACUUGGAUCCACCACGUCUCAGAGGAAGCUUUCGCCGAUGUUUACAAAGUCGAAGGUCUCUCAGGCAUUUACAUCGCCUCACGUGUCUUAACCAAACCCCAGGGUAACAAUCUCGGUCCGCAACACUUAGGUUCGGUUAUAACCUUCGACCACGGCCGAUCUUGGCGUCUGAUCCAAGCCCCUUUCCGUGAUGUCGAAGGACAACCGACUUCCUGCUCCGUCCAACAGAAUUGCUCCCUCCAUUUGAGCCAAAAGUUCAGUCAAUUGUACCCCGAUACUAGAUCUAUUAGUAUUCUAUCGAGUAAAUCGGCGCCUGGGCUUUUAAUCGCAACAGGUGUUUUGGGAAAAUCACUUAAAGGACAUUACGGUGUUUAUAUAAGUAGUGAUGCGGGACAGACGUGGAGACAGACUUUGAGGGAUUUGUAUUUCUUUAAUAUGGGUGACCAUGGUGGGAUUUUAACAGCGGUUAAGUAUUUUAAAUUGAGGGGGGAGACGAGGCAUGUUUUGUAUUCAACGGACGAGGGAGAGACAUGGAAACAGGCGGCUUUUCACGAUCAGAAUAUUCGCUUGUAUGGGCUUAUGACCGAACCGGGGGAAAACACGACAGUGUUUACGAUGUUUGGCUCCUUGCCGGAGGAACAUCAGUGGAUUAUUAUCAAGCUGGAUUUAAUAAAGGCCUUCGCCUAUAACUGCUCAAAAGACGACUACAAGCCGUGGUCCCCGAGCCAAAGCGACGAAAACCGCAGUUACAUCCCUUGCGUUUUGGGCCAACAAGUCACCUACCACCGUCGCAUGCCCCACGCUAAUUGUUACAACGGUGAAGAUUUCGACGUCCCCAUCUCAAUGACACCGUGCGGUUGCGAUAUUUACGACUACGAGUGUGAUUUUGGUUUCAUCCGUUCGGAAAAACCCGGCAAUUGCGUCCGCAACACUUCAAUCACCAGCGAUCCUUACCGUAUUCCCGCCACUUGCAAACCGGGCAAAUUUUACAAACGGACGAAAGGCUACCGAAAAAUCCAAGGCGAUGUUUGCGUCGACGGCUUUGAGAAUCAUUACAUGCCGGAGGAAAUCCCCUGUCCGUUUAACGAAGUUGACGAUUUCCUCUUGUUUGCGCAACGGGAGAGAAUCAGUCGGUUUAAUCUCGUGACAAGGAAACUCGAAGAGCUUCCGGUUAAGAAUUUGAAAAAUGUGAUCGCGAUUGAUUUCGAUAUGCGGAAUAAUUGCGUGUAUUGGGCCGAUAUUGCAUUGGAUACGAUCGGACGGCAGUGUUUGAACGACAGUGAGCCGGAGAUUUUGGUUUCGAGUGAUUUGGCCUCGAUUGAAGGCAUGGCUUUGGAUUGGAUUUCCAAUACUUUGUAUUUUGUCGAUGGGAUUCGGUCAAAGAUUGAGUUGAUCAGGACUGAUGUUAAUCACAGUGGGAGAAUGCGUAGAACUGUGUUAAAAGGCGACGUUUUGAAGAAACCACGAGGGAUUGCCUUGCACCCCAAAGCUGGGUACAUGUUCUGGACUGACUGGUCGGUGGAACGGCCUUCGGUCAACCGAGCUGACUUGGACGGUUCCAAUGUGGUUAAACUGUUCGGCAAACCUCGGGUCGAAUGGCCCAAUGGUAUAACCAUCGACUACAUCGCCGAACGCAUCUACUGGGUGGACGCCCGUCAAGACUACAUCGCCUCCAGUGACUUGCACGGCGAUUUCCUCAAGAUAAUAAUCUCGCAAAACGACGUUGUCUCACACCCGUUUGCCGUCGCAGUUUUCAAAAACACAAUGUAUUGGGACGAUUGGAAACGUAACGCGAUUUUUAGCGCCGAUAAGGACACCUAUCACGGCGUGGAAAUCCUCCAGAAGCAAUUGCCAGGUCUCAUGGACCUUAAAGUCUACGCGCACGGCCUCCAAGUGGGCACGAACGCCUGCACUGCCUCCAAAUGCUCAUACAUUUGUGUCAGCAAACCGAAAAAGAACUCGUCUUGUUUAUGCCCCGAUGGCAUGGAAUACAACAACGGACGGUGUCUCUGCCCGGGGCAUGUGCCCCCAUUGGCUAACUUCACCUGUCCGCCGGUGCAAAACACCUGCAGUUCGAAUCAUUUCACGUGUCGGAACGGUCUAUGUGUGCCCAAAGGCUGGAAGUGUGAUGGUGAAGAUGAUUGUGGCGAUUCCUCCGAUGAGGCGCACUGUGGCAUGCAGAGUUGCCCACCGAAUUAUUUCGUUUGUGGUGAUGGCAAGUGUUUGCCACAGUAUUGGAAGUGUGACUAUGACUAUGAUUGUUCGGACGGGUCGGAUGAAGUGGAUUGUCCGAAACAGAACUGCACCGAUGGGCAAUUUACGUGUAAGAAUGGCCGGUGUAUUGCAGAGAAGUGGAAGUGUGAUGGGGAAAAUGAUUGUCGGGAUGGGUCAGAUGAGUUGAAUUGUGAACCGGUGGAGCCACACGUGUGUAAAAGUGAGGAGUUCCAGUGCAAGGUUGGUGGUGUUAAAUGUAUACCAUCGACGUGGCAAUGCGACGGUGAAAAGGAUUGUCGAGAUGGGUCAGAUGAAAUGAAUUGCAAAAAUAAUACGUGUCUCGAUAUUCAAUUUUCGUGUGGUGAACCCAACAAUCGUUGUAUUUACAAAACAUGGGUGUGUGACGGUGAUAAAGACUGUCCCAAUGGCAGUGACGAAGUCAAUUGUACGACUCCUGCAAUCCCUGAUACAAGCGAUGCCACUGAUCAGUUUAUACCCAAAAACGGGACGUGUCAGGAUUGGAUGUUCCGUUGCCAGAACCAGCGCUGCAUCCCCUAUUGGUGGAAGUGCGAUCAAGCCGACGAUUGCGGCGACGGCAGCGAUGAACUUGGUUGUUUCCCAAGCCAUGCCCCGACGCCCAAGUCCACAACCACACCCCCUGUUACGACUUGUGGUAACAACCAAUUCGAGUGUAUGGGCGGGACUUGUAUCUUUUCGUCGUGGGUGUGCGACGGUAUGGAGGAUUGUGUGGGCGGUGAAGAUGAACGACAUUGUGAAGGUGUACGUAAUUGCACCAAAGACGAGUUCAAAUGUCACGUGGAUGGAAGUUGUAUACCGUUGGCAGCGGUUUGUAAUCGACAGCCGGAUUGUCCCGAUUUGACAGAUGAGUCUUUGUGUGAUCAUAAUCUACCGAACGGACCAGCCACGCCCUCGUGUUCAAAAGGGUACUUCCCUUGUGAUGGAGGUAGUUGUUACCCAUUGGCUGCAUUGUGCGAUGGGCGUGUUGAUUGUCGCGACGGUUACGACGAAUUAAAUUGCACGAAAACAUCAAGGGUGUAUCAAGUGUUACGAAUGGGCGUGGACGAACGGAGUAUUAACGAGACGAGUCUUUUGCUCUACUGGUGGAUCACAGACCCGCCAGUCGGUAAAUUAGAGUUCUUACCGUCGAUUAGUAAAGUGGGAGAGAAUGUUUGGGAAAACAAAACGUGGAUGAAGGACAUGGAGUAUAAAUUUACCAAUUUGCAACCGGCGACUCAAUACAAUAUGACGAUUUAUGUCAGGGUUCAAAAUACGAGCAAAGUGUUUUUACCUGCGAAAUAUUUCGUGGCUUUUACGGCUGAAAGCAUUCCAAGUGAGCCUUGGAACGUGACAGCUGUUCAAACGAACGGUUCUCAUGUUCUUUUGUCUUGGAAUAAACCAACGCAUCCCAACGGCCAAAUCGUCAAUUACGAGAUAUGUUGGUACCCACCGAACCCACCAAUCAAAUUGAAGCUGAACGGUAACGAAACCGCCCAUUUGCUCUCCGCCUACUUCGAGCCCGAUAAAUAUUACAACUUUUAUGUAAUCGCCCACAAUCACAAGUAUGAAAGUAAGCGCUCAAAAGUCACGACUUUGAAAUUCGAUGGCGACGCUAAACUCCACGCUGUCGAAAAUUUAAGAGUGGACAAAAAAUCCGAAACUAGCGUCACACUAUCGUGGAAAUAUAACAAAACAGUUGAAGGUUUCGCCGUUGCGAUAAUUCCACCCAAUGACUAUCCGCGAAUGUUACCACGUGUCACCAACACACAAUCCAUCACUGUCGAUAAGUUAGCGCCCGGUACCCGCUACACGUUCAAGGUUAACGCUUACAAAAAUGCAUUCACCGGCCCCGAAGUUGACAUAAUCGUGGUAACUGACGGCGUCAUGUUACCAGAAGUGCCGUCACUUCAAGGAAAAUUGGUCAAAGAAGUCGGAACUUCGGUCAAAUUGAGUUGGGGAGUUCCGAAAGAUUCGAGAAAAGUCAAGUGGACGUAUGGUGUUUAUUAUGGAAUUGACGCCGAUCAGUUAUAUGAAAAAUCGAGAUUUGAAACAACUGAUUUGACGACAACCAUCAACGAUUUAAAAGCUUGCGAGUAUUAUACUUUCAUGGUCGGAGUUGUGGGACCGUAUGGUCAAGGCCCACUAUCAAAGAGCUUACAAAUCAGUACGUUUACGAAUAAGAAGGCACCGCCGACAAAUCUGAACGUCAAGGAAGUGGAACACAAUCCGUUGAAAAUGAUGAUCACGUGGGUGCCUUCGUGUCCGACCAUCGCCGAACCCAUCGGCCAUAUGAUCCGUGUCUAUGAAAGAACAACCGGUAAAAUAUCCUCGUAUGGCAAACCACCUGGGAAUUACAGUCACGUCUUGAAUGUAAAAUACGGCGCUAUCUAUGACAUAAGCGUGGCAACACGCGAAGUGGACGCCAUCUACACACCCAACGUGACUUAUUACGCCCCGCCCAUUUUGCCUCCACACGAAGUGAAAACAACCAUUGAACAGAACGGUAGUUUUGUUGUCGAUUGGCAAGAAGCCGACGUUCCCAAGGCCGUAGGGCCGUUUAAAUACGAAGUUUUGGUUUCUGAAGGAAAUACUCUGGACGAGGCAACGGCGAGGCGUUUUCGAGUGGACAAACCACCAUUUAUCUACACUAACAGUUCAUCGAAUAUGUACACUUUCGCGGUCCAAAUCGUGGCUGAUAGUGGGUACAAAUCGAUCACAUCGGAGAAGUUGAGUGCAACGGUUUUGGAACUGCCCACGACCAUGGGUGGUACCAAUCUCUGGUUGAUUUUGGUGCUCACGAUUUUGUCAAUAGUCGUGGUGGUAACACUGGGUGUGUUUAUAGUGAAACAUCGCCGCUUACAGAAUAGUUUCACGCGAUUUGCAAAUUCGCAUUAUGAUACGCGGUCAGGGGCGGCGACUUUUGACGAUAAUGGAUUAGAGGAGGAGGAAAGUCCGCAAAUAACAGGGUUUUCGGAUGACGAGCCGCUCGUUAUCGCGUAGCUGAAUUUGUAAAGUAUUUGAUGAGACUUGGGUUUGUGGGGCUGUGGCAUGGUUACCAAAUAUUGAACGCCACGACCGUGCAAAUGAUUUUAUAGUAUUUGUCCAUUGGUGAAAAUAAAGACAUUUUUAAUCAUGUUGUGACUAUUCCAAAUUUAUUAUUAUAUAACUAGUCUUGUAAAGAGAGUAAUGGGCUAAUCACUUUUUCUACUUUGUGAAAGUUUGUUGUUUUUGUACAUUUAGGUUUAGGUUUUUUAAGUUUACGAUUCCUACGUGUGAGUGUGGUUUAUUGAGCACACGUUAAUGUUGCCACUGAUUAGAGUUGAGUUACAUUUAAUUAACUUUAAGUCAAAUUUCUGUGAUACUUCUCAGUUAAGUUUUAAGAUUUUUUCAUAAAGGAAUUUGACUGUCAUAUGUUUGUGCUUUUAAGUGUUUAAAUAAAUCAUUUAAAAUGG